UCCAUGUACAUAUGGUCAGGUGUAUGAGUGUAUCUCUACAAAGCAGACCUCUUUAUCACAGGCAUACCCUUUGACUAUCACCUACCUUACCUCCAUGGAUUUUCUUUCAAAGCCCAUAUGUUUAACUGCUUUGGCUCUUCUCGUAUCUCUUCUAGUUCUCCAUAUCCUAGCCAGGAAGCUGAACAAAAGUACGAGAAAGAAGAAGUACCAUCCUAUUGCAGGUACCAUAUUUCACCAGCUACUCCACUUCAAUAGGUUGCACCACUAUAUGACUGCUCUUGCUACCAAGUACAAGACCUACAGGCUGCUCAGCCCACUGCGAAACGAGAUAUACACCUCGGAUCCUGCAAAUGUUGAGUAUAUACUCAAAACAAACUUUGACAACUAUGGCAAGGGAUUGUAUAACUACAUGAAUCUGAAGGACCUUCUAGGUGAUGGGAUUUUCACAGUUGAUGGUGACAAGUGGCGCCAACAGAGGAAGAUAUCAAGCCAUGAGUUCUCCACAAAGGUGUUGAGGGACUUUAGUAGUAAGAUUUUCAGAAAAAAUGCAGCAAAAUUUGCUAAUAUAGUGUCUGAAGCAGCAACUACCAACCAGAUAUUGGAUAUUCAAGAUCUAUUGAUGAAAUCAACUAUGGAUUCAUUGUUCCAAGUUGCAUUUGGAAUUGAAUUAGACAGCAUGUGUGGAUCAGAUGAAGAAGGCAAGAAUUUCAGCAAUGCCUUCAAUGAUUCAAGUGCAAUGACCCUUUUUCGUUAUGUUGAUAUCUUUUGGAGGAUCAAGAAGUUUCUAAAUAUCGGAUCAGAAGCAACCUUAAAAAGGAGCACCAAACUUGUUAACAAUUUCGUUUUUAAGCUAAUCCACAGCAAGAUUGAGCAAAUGAAGAAUUCAGAGGACGAAUCUUCUAUGAAGAGAGAAGACAUUCUAUCAAGGUUUCUGCAAGUGACAGACACUGAUCCAACAUACUUAAGAGAUAUAAUUCUUAACUUCAUCAUAGCUGGAAAAGACACAACAGCAACCACAAUUGCUUGGUUUAUUUACAUGGUCUGCAAGCAUCCUGCUGUGCAGUUGAAAAUUGCAAAAGAAGUGAAGGAAGCUACUAACAUGAAAGAGAUCACAAACUAUGCUGAGUUUGCAGCCAGUAUUAGUGAAGAAGCUCUAGAAAAGAUGCAAUAUCUCCAUGCAGCGAUCACUGAAACUCUCAGACUCUAUCCUGCAGUUCCUGUGGAUGCAAAGAUAUGCUUUUCUGAUGAUACUCUACCAGAUGGAUACAGUGUGAACAAAGGAGAUAUGGUGGCUUACCAACCUUAUGCAAUGGGUAGGAUGAAAUUCAUAUGGGGUGAUGACACUGAGAAAUUCAGACCAGAGAGAUGGCUCAAUGAAGAAGGAAUAUUCCAGCCUGAGAGCCCUUUUAAGUUCACAGCCUUCCAGGCAGGGCCACGAAUUUGUCUAGGAAAGGAGUUUGCCUAUAGGCAGAUGAAGAUCUUCUCGGCUGUCUUGUUAGGCUGUUUCGAGUUCAAAAUGGCUAACAAAAACAGAACUGUCAAUUACAGGACAAUGAUUAAUCUUCACAUAGAUGGAGGUCUCGAAAUUCGAGCCUUCCACAGGCGUGGAAAGUAGCAUGGUAUCUUAUGAGCGUGGAAAUAAAUACCAUCUGACAUAUAUAUAAAUUCUUUGUAUUUAAAAUAUUCAUUGUUUAAUGGCAAUUUUCUAUUGCUAGAGUCCCUAAAAGAGAAAAAGUGUAUUGUAAUAUACAAAGAUUGAUGUAAGACUUUUUAUGUGAUUAUAUAAAAUAAGAUCAAUGAGUCUAA